AUGGAAAUGAACGGCACUGCCGCGGCCGAUGAAGUAAUUGUGGUAGGAUAUGGUUCACGCAGCAAAAGAAUUGUUACAGGAUCAAUAUCAAGUGUGGAUAUGACCAAACAACCGGAGUUACCUAAUACUAAUAUUACACAGGCACUGAGAGGUAAAGUUGCUGGCAUCCAGUUUAUCGACAAUGGCAGACCGGGCCAGGAUGGAUCAAUACUUAUUCGGGGAAGAAAUUCUUUAAGUGCAGCCAGUAAUCCACUCGUAGUGCUGGAUGGUAUUAUAUUUAAUGGCAGCUUAACAGAUAUUAAUCCAAAUGAUAUUCAGUCGAUAGAUAUUUUAAAAGAUGCAAGCUCCGCCUCUAUUUACGGAUCAAGAGCUGCAAAUGGAGUAAUACUCGUCACUUCCAAAAAAGGGAUGACGGAAAAACCAUCCAUCAGGAUCAACGCUUUCCAGGGUUUUUCAGACCCUACAUAUAAAGUUAAACUACUCGAUCCCGAAAGAUACCUGGAAAGAGUGAUAGAUUAUCGCACACAAACCGGUGUGGAAGCAGAUCCUUCAAAGAUCGCUACUUAUAUUACCAAAACAGUGAUCGAAGAGUUGCUUUUUCUCGAUGAACAAAAUCGUAAGAUCGGUUUGUUCAAAGAUGAUCUGAAGGAAAUAGAUAAUUUUAUCGAAUUGUUUAUGUAUAUUAUGCAUUUUAACACUGUCUCUUCCGGAAAUGGAAUGAGUUUUUCUCCCAUUCUGGUGAAAAAUUCGUGGUCAGUGCAUAUGGUGUAUAAUUAUGACGAUCAGUCUACUUGUCUUUGUUUUUACCACCAUACAAGGUGUUCAAAAGAGGCAACUAUUACUCAUUCGCAAUUAUAUAACAAGAGCUAUGUAUAUAAAUAUAAAUGGAAAGUACCAGGUUUUGUUGAAGGAUGUUAUCCAUUUUGGGGUUUAAUAAGAUCGCAAUUAUUCUGUUUAUAUAAUAAAUCAUGUUUAUUUGAAUUAAUUGAUCAUCUUGAAGCAACAUUUCAGGUAAAUAUAAGUACAUUAAAAGAACAUUCGUCUUCAUCAAUAUUCAAUUCAUCAACAUCUAUUGGGGAAUUACUCUCUAAAAUGAUGGUUGAACAAUGGGAUCAAAAUAUUAGUUAUGAAAAGUAUUAUAAAAAAUGUCAACCAAAACAAUGUCAAUAUACAUAUAUAAAAAAAUUUCAUAUAAAUUAUAUGAUUUCAACUAUUCUUGGUAUUACUGGUGGUUUAUCGUUAUCAUUACGAAUAAUUGUACCAUAUUUAAUUCAAUUAAUUGAAAAUAUAUGGAAAAAAUUCAGAAAUAAAGAUAAUCAAAAUAAUGAUCCAAUAGAUUGUCGUACACAAAUAAAAAUCAUUUUAUCAAAAAUUGUUAUUUUAAUUCAAAAUUUCAAUUUAUUUGAACCUCGAUUUGAACGAAUACCUUCAAUACCAAUUUUAGAACAUGAAAAACAAUUAAAACGAAAAUUACAAAUUCUAUCAACACGUAUUUAUGCAUUUAUAUUAGUUUUCUUUGCUAUUACAAUUAUCAUUUAUAGUUCAUUACGUAGAACUGCUGAAACAAAAGUAUUUUCUAUCUCAUCAUAUUCUGAUUAUCAAAGUUUAUUAAUUAAAUAUCCUUUAAAUAAAUUAUCUUGUCCAUGUUCAUCUUUUACAAUUAAAUAUUCAAAUUUUCUUUCAAUUAAACCAAAAUCAAUGCAUCCAGCCUGUCAUAAUCGUAUAUUUGUUCCAAAUUGGACACGAUUACGACUUGGUUUUGAUCUUGCACCUAUUGAAGAAAAUUCACCUUUUGUUUUUAUAUUCUAUUUACAGCUCUCGAGUUAUCUAUGUCACUAUGCUAUGUUUCUCAUAGAAAAUCAAAGUCAAAAAUUUCUCGAAACACUUUAUGCAACAUCAUUUUUAACAAAUGAAGAAGAAUUCAAAAAAUAUUUUAAAUUACAAAUUAAUCAAUUUCCACAAUCAAUUUCAUCGUAUUACAAACGUUUCUUACAAAUAAUUAAAUUAAUUAUAUCUGGAAAUAGUCUAUUAACAGCAUCAAAAACAAAUUAUGAAUGGGAUUUUAUUAAUAUUACUGGUAAUCAAAUGCAAUUGUCGCAGUUUUUAAAUCUUAUUCAAUUAAAAACUAAAUCAAAAAUCUAUAAUAAUAAAACAUAUUCUUGUAAUACUUUAUCUAAAUUCUAUCAAUAUCCUUUAUAUUAUCCAGAAUCAAGAAUUCCAAUUCCUGGAUUUUAUCUUAGUUGUUAUUUUAUUGAUGGUCUUUUUAAAUCAACUUUCGAAUGUUUUUAUAACAUAACAUGUCUUCAAUUUUUACGAAUUCAAAUGAAUUCUCCAUAUAAUUUAGUUUCAUGGAAAUUAAAUUUAUCAUCAAAUUCAUUUCAUUAUCAAAUAAAUUCAACAGUUAAAGAAUUAUUUGAUAUAUUAUUUGUUGAAGAAUGGUUUAAUGAAACGAAUUAUCAAUUAUAUUAUGAACAAUGUCAACCAAAAGAAUGUUUUUAUACAUUUGUAACAAAAUUUCAAUUUCGCUAUAUAAUAACAACAAUAGUUAAUAUUAUCAAUGGUUUAUCAAAAUCAUUAUUUAUAUUAAUUCCUUUUUUAGUUAAAAUAUGUUUUAUAUUAUGGAAAUAUUUUAAAAAAAGAAAAUAUAUUCGACAAUUGAAAAGAAAUAAUCGAAUCAAACCUACAUCACCAUCAUUAUCGACAUAA